AUGCCGGCCGUCGACGGUGGCAUGGGUGCUGGCGUCGGCGCCGACGCGGCUCGCCCGCUGAACGUGUCCGACGCGUUGGGAUACCUGGACGCCGUGAAGGCUCAAUUUCAAGACAAGCCGGAUGUAUACAAUCACUUCCUGGAUAUCAUGAAGGAUUUCAAAAGCCAAGCUAUCGAUACGCCUGGGGUCAUCGAACGCGUUUCCAUGCUUUUCCACGGGAACCCGCUCCUCAUCCAAGGCUUCAACACCUUCCUUCCCCCGGGAUACCGCAUAGAGCUCAACAACGAGCAUUCGGACACAAUCACUGUAACAACACCGAUGGGGCAGACCACCCAGCGCACGACGAUGUACGGAAUACCCCAGCCGCUUUCCCGCGAGCCGAUGGGAACCCCAGGUAUGCCCCCGCCUCCGCACCACUACCCCGGCCAACCACCCUUCGGCCUGCCCGCGCCCGUCCUCCCAGUCGGGAUCGGGAGCGGCUCGCGCCCCGUCACCCCCAGCGCGGUCCUCCCGCAUCCGCACGCGCACGCGCACGCUCCAACGCACCUCGCGCACGAGAUGCACCAGCAUCAGCAGCACCAGCACCAGCAGCAACAAGGCAUGCGCCCGCCGCCACCGCACUCGCAGUCGCCCGCGCUGCCGGGCGGCGGGCGCGAGGACGCGGCGCUGCUCGGGAGCCUGAACGCGCGGCAGGCGGACAAGCCGCAGAACGGCGAGUUCCACCACGCGAUCAACUACCUGAGCAAGAUCAAGACGCGGUACCACGAUGACCCGGAGACGUACAAGCAGUUCCUCGAGAUCCUACAGACGUACCAGAAGGAAUCGCGGAGUAUGCCGGACCAAUCGCAGGUCUAUGCGCAGGUUCAGAUGCUCUUCAAGGACGCACCGGACCUCAUGGACGAAUUCAAGGACUUCCUCCCCGAAGCUGUGCCCCCCUCUCACCCCGCUGGGCUCGUUGGAAUCCUUCCGCAGCCGAUGGCAGGUCCUGGUGUCCCGGGCCCGUUCGCUCAUCCUGAGCCGUCCGCCUCUGACAAGGGGUCGAAGCCACAAAGCCGCCGUAGGAAGCGGCCCGAGAAGGAGCCCGUCCCGCCACCGAAGGCAGCUGGUGGUCGAGCUGCAAAGCGCGUUAAGACGACAAACCAACGGACGGAGCCGCCGUCGCCGCAGUUCUCACCAUACAAGGUCCCAGAUUCUCCCCAACCAGUCAACCUGCAUGCCCACGUGGUGUCCGUCCCGGUGCCUCAGAACCUUCCUCCCAUACCCAACGGUCAGCUGCACAACGGCACUAUCAAUCAUGUCAUAAUCGGUGGUCAGGACGAGCUCCUGUUCUUCGACAACGCGAAGAAAGCCCUUGAGAACAUCGGCGGCUAUGACGAUUUUCUCAGGCUUCUUAACCUCUUCUCGCGUGACGUCAUCGACACAAAGACGUUGGUCGACCGUGCGGAGAUGAUGCUUGGGGAGGGCGAUCUUAUGCGGCAGUUCAAAGAGCUAUUGCAGUACGACGACCCGGCAGCAGAUGAAGAGGGACCGCCCGGAAGUCUUCGGACCGCUGCUCCCGACUAUUAUUCUGUCCGACCCCCAGAUGAUGGCCUAGGUCCUAGCUACCGGCGGCUGCCCGACAUCGAGGUGAAACUCGCCUGCUCCGGGCGUGACCGCCUCUGCUGGUCCGUCCUAAACGACGAGUGGGUCUCACACCCGACAUGGGCGUCGGAAGAAGCCGGCUUCAUGACGCACAAGAAGAACACCUUCGAAGACCAGUUACACAAGAGCGAGGAGGAGCGGCAUGAGUUCCAAGUGCAACUGGAAGCAUUGCAGCGAACCAUUGCCCACCUCGAUCCGAUAGAAGCUCGCAUUGAGGGAAUGACCUCGGAAGAGCGCGCAGCCUUCAGGCUGAGGUCGAACCUCGGCGGCCCAUCGCCCGCUAUCUACGAGCGUGUUAUCAAGAAAAUAUACGGCAAUGACGCCUACAGCGAGGUUCUCAAGACGCUCCAGGAAUCCCCGGCCGUCGCUGUUCCCGUGGUGGUCUCGCGCCUGCGCAAAACAAAUGACGAAUGGCGUCGCCACCACCGCGUGGCUAACCAAUCGUGGCGCGAAACCGACGGGAAGAACUUCUACAAGGCACUCGACCAGCAGGGCAUCUCGUUCAAGGCGAACGACAAGAAGUGCAUCACCGCGAAGCACUUCUACCUUGAGAUCGAGAGCGCCAAGGCGGCUCAGCUCAAACCACGGGACUCGAACGACAACGGCGAGGGUCACGCAGGCUCGUCGAGAGACCCCAGUGGUUCUCCCCCAAUCAACCACUCGAUGCGGCCGCUAGGUUAUCAGCUGCAUUAUCAAAUCGAAGACGUUAGCGUCCUGCACGAUGCCCAUUAUGGUCCGGCAGAGCGGCGGGCCAUCGAGAAGUUCCUGCGAACAUUCGUUCCCACACUCUUCAUGCUCUCCCCCACGGAAUUCAACAGUGCUUGCGGACCCCUCGCGCCCGGUCACGAUGACGAUCACUCUGAGGAGCAGUCGGCAGCCGGAGACGAAGACAACUCGCGACAAGCCCCUAAAGACAAGCGUCAGGAAGGCGUAUCAGCACAGGACCUGCGCACGCGCCUGCUCAAGACUGCGGAAGAACACGCGCGGGGCGGCAGGGAAGGAGGCUCAUCGAUGGUGACAAGCACGACACCGACCGCGGUAUCUGACAGUCCCAAAGACGUACUCGCCGGGGCUGCCGAGGCGCGCGAAGACGAACAGGCUGCCACCGAGACCCGCACUAAUGCCGAGGACGUAUGGGUCCGCGAGCUUGUGGUGGGCGGCGAGCUGAGCGCGGGUGACAGUCUGCUGGGGCGUCGCCCCUUCUUUGCGGGCACAACGUUCUACACGCUGCUUCGGCUGGUGCAGCUUCUGUAUUCGCGCCUGCUGGUGUGCAAAGAGGAGGGCGCGCGGUCGGCAGCCUCGAAGCACGCCUCGCUUGCGCCGAAUCCAGUGGCACAUAGCUUGGGAUUGGACGAGGCGAACGGACCGGCGGUGGUGCUGGAGCAGGCGAUCAAAACGUUUGGGGCCUCUCGGGACGGGGAAGAGGUGAACGUGCUGUAUUUGUAUAUGCUGGACGCCUGGGAGAAGGUGUUCGAGACGGAGCUAGACCAGGCGACGUUUGAGGAGCAGAUGCGCUGGUUCUUUCGCACCAAGGCAUACAACGUCUUCACACUCGAUCGGGUAAUCGGGGCGAUCGUUAAGCAGGUUCAGACGGUGCUAGGGGACAACAAGUGCCAGGAACUGUGGUAUUUGCUGCAGCAGGCUCGGAGCGCAGACCGCCUCACCAUGCACGAUCUCAUCCGCUACCGGCGCAAGGCGGAGCGCAACGUCGGCACGGACGAGAAACUGUACCGCUUCGACUGGGACGCGCGCACGAAGACGCUGCGCAUCCAGUUGACCGGGGCGGAGGACGUGACGGUGGAUGAGAAUGAGUCCGCGGAUGGCCGGUGGCGGGCAUACGUAGCGGCCUACGUGAUGGAACACCCUUCGGAGUGGUUGACGGGCUGGACAGAGCCUGGGUGGAUGAAAAGGGUCGUACAUGGCGACGAGGACGGGGCCGUGCGCGAGCAGCGGGGGCUGGCGGUGCGGGUGCAGCGGGGGACAUACAAGCUCAUGUACGCGCGCGGGGGCGAGGACGUGCUUGUGCGGACGAGGGACGAGGGCACGCAGCGGGUGCUCGCCGAGCGGGCGGCGGCGACGGAGGGCGAGAGGCGGCGGCUCCUUGGGCGGCUAUUGGUGGCGUGA